CCCUUCCCUCGCUCGGCUCUGUGCUUCUUGCAGCUGCAUCACUUGCAUGUGGAUAACAAACGGUGCUGAUCGGAUCCCGGGAUCCACCGACCUCUGCAGAGACAGCUCGGGACAUCCGGGGGAUGAGUGUGCUCUGAUGAUAAUCUGCUUGAUUGAAGUUGACAGAUGAAGAGUACGAAGUAACCCGGAGCCUCAGAUAAAUAUGGAGCUGCGACCACAAGGGAAACGGAUAAUCAACAUGUUCUUACUGCUACUGUGACUAUGACAAAGAGACAUAUACAACAUGAAUGGAUACAUGUUCCAGAGAAUGUAGUUAUGGAAACUGCAAGAGAAGGGUAAUACAAUAGGAUUUAUGUUUUUGAACAUCCAUACUUUUUUUCUUAUGUAAUAUGCUGUCCCUUGUGGACAGGAAGACGGUUAAAGUCAUGAAAAAACUGUUCAUAGGAAACCUCGCCUAGAAGAUUUUGGAGAGCCAUGGCCUCAAAGGUGUCAUGUCUGUAUAUUUUGACAGUGGUUUGCUGGGCAAGUGCACUUUGGUACUUAAGUGUCACUCGCCCAACAUCCAACUACUCCGGCUACAGGCUAAGCAAAGUGGCGUUGGCUCAGAAAAACAUUACUUUUGGCAAUAUUAGAACUCGACCCAUCAAUCCACAUUCCUUUGAAUUUGUCAUUAAUGAGCCUGAGAAAUGUGAAAAUAACGGUAGCCCCUUUUUGGUUAUUCUAAUAAGCACAACCCAUAAGGAAUUUGAUGCCAGACAAGCCAUCCGAGAAACUUGGGGUAAUGAAAGCAACUUUAAAGGAAUCAAAAUUGUCACGCUUUUCCUUCUGGGCAAAAAUGCAGAUCCAGUAUUAAACCAGAUGGUUGAGCAAGAAAGCCAGAUAUUUCACGAUAUCGUGGUGGAAGACUUCAUAGACUCAUACCAUAAUCUAACCUUAAAAACUAUGAUGGGCAUGAGAUGGGUGGCAACUUUCUGCUCCAAGGCCAAAUAUGUCAUGAAAACAGACAGCGAUAUUUUUGUAAAUAUGGACAAUUUAAUUUAUAAACUACUGAAACCAACCACAAAGCCAAGGAGGAGGUAUUUUACUGGGUAUGUUAUCAAUGGAGGACCCAUAAGGGAUGUCCGCAGCAAAUGGUAUAUGCCAAGAGACUUGUACCCAGAUAGUAAUUAUCCGCCUUUUUGUUCAGGAACUGGGUAUAUCUUCUCCGCAGAUGUGGCGGAACUCAUUUAUAAAACAUCCCUCCACACAAGACUUUUGCAUCUUGAGGAUGUCUAUGUUGGACUUUGCUUGCGAAAACUUGGAAUCCACCCAUUUCAAAACAGUGGCUUUAACCAUUGGAAAAUGGCUUACAGUCUGUGCCGAUACCGUAGAGUUAUUACAGUACAUCAGAUUGGCCCUGAAGAAAUGCACAGAAUUUGGAAUGACAUGCAAAGCAAGAAGCAUCUCAGAUGUUAGGUUUUGCAAUUGGUUGCAUAUUUUUUUUAGCUGUUGCGGGAAAGAAACUUUAUUGUACAAAAUGUAUAGACAAUAUUUGAUCUUUGUUUUCAUUUUUUUGGCCUGUACAGAGCUGGAACCUGAGAUUAAUCUACAUCAGUAUAGUGGACAUUUUUGUCCAUUUCUCUUACCAUUUCGUAGAUUAUACUGUAAAUUUUUAUUCUGAUUACUAUUGUUUUUCUUCUGUAUCAUUUAAUGCUAUGAUGAUAUGACAAGGCCGUCUGUAUUUCCAUGACUCAUGAUCAAAGCUGUGUAUCCUCUAUAGUGUGCAAUACUAUCAUGUAAUCUGAUUUCCAUCUAAGUGGCAAUCUGCUAUGCUCUGUCUUUUAAAUUUUGGUUUUAUCACUGGAUGUUUUGGGCUGUAUUGAGAUUUUGAUGUAGUCCACACUUCAUAUCUAUACAUGCAUGCAUAUACGGUUCUAUAAUAUUUUUCUGUGUUUACAAGUUUGCAUUAUUGAAAUUCCUAAAGCCCAGUUGAUCAGGGUUUUAACCCUUCUAAAAAAGCUAGCGUCGAGCUUUAACAAGUAAAAUACAUAGUUCUGGACAUGCAGUCAUAGUUUCGACAUGCAGUAUUAGAGAUUUUUAAAAAUAAUUAACUAAUGCAUUAUUUUUUUAAAUAAACUGGUAAAUGUUCUCUCUUUAACCAGUAGCCUCUUAUUUACUGGCGAAUACCUGGUUCCCCUUCAUUUCUGUGCCAACACAUAGUGUGCAAUGUAGACCAGUGGUCAGCUUUGCUACUAUGUUCUUUGCUACUAUGUGCUACUAUGUUCCUCAUCCAGCCCUGCUCUGCUUGAUACAUCAUACAUAGGCAUAAAAUGUAAUUUUAUACUGAUGUCAUUCACCUGCCUGCCCCCAGCUGAUGUAGACAUGCCCUCCGGUCAGUCCUUUUGUACUUGGAACAAUGUACAUAGACAGGGAACAUAUUUCUCUGUUUGAUAUCAUUCAACUGCCUCCCCUGAGGCAAUAGUGAUUCUCUCCCUGUAUUUGGUAAUGGGGAAAGGUAGGGAGUCUGUGCUGUCAAUUGAAUUGAAUAGUAAAACCGUUUUAGAAAUGUAUUUAAGUACAAUAAUGUGCUUUGAUUUCAUAACUUUAAUUGUUUUCUUAAGUUAGUAAAGGGUAGCUUACUCAUUUUUUAAAAAAAUUGCAUGUUUUGUUUAUUUUGAAUAAAGCUAUUAAUAUUCAAAAACAUGUGAUUAUCUUCUACCCUGACUUAACAGGGUCAUGCGUAAAGUGAUUGUAAAGCUUUAGUAUUUAUUUUUUAAGAAAAUAACAAACAUUGCAUACUUACCUGCUCUAUGCAAUGGCUUUGCACAGAGCAACCCCGAUCCUCCGCUUCUGGGUUCCCCUGCUCCUGCCCCCCCACCGAGUACCUCAUAGAAAGGCACUUUCUAUGGGGUCAUUCAUGCGGGCAUGCACCCUGUCUGAGUCUAUUCCCCGCAUUACAGGAUUUGAUCGACAGCAGCCGGAGUUAGAUGUGUUUAUAUCUGGGUUUUUUUCCCCAAAAAUAAUGUUCAGUAGGAAAUGGAAGCAGCACAUUUUAGAAAUCAAAGACCACUAGAAACAUAGUGUAGAAUGCUCAAAUAUAUACUUUAUUGCAAUGAUUUAUUUUACCUUAAAAAAAAAAUAUAUAUAUAUAUAUAUAUAUAUACAACAUUUAAGGUCUCAUCAUCAAUAGUAGUACUGUAAGAUGCUUAAGCUUGAGUAGGAAAGAGUUUAGGACCUCUAGUAUUUAAUUUAUUUUACAAAAAAAACAUUACAGAGACACAAAGUGAUAGAACAUCCUACAUUAUAGAGUUGUCACCACAAGGGAUGAGGGUAUAUUAUCCCAUUGGGACAAAUGUUCAGACGAUGACUGUCUAACUGGAAACCCCCCUUACUUUGCUCUCACUUCCUGUUGCUUCUCUAGGACAAAAAGUAAAGAAACGUCUCUCCAAAGAGACACAGCAUAAAAUAACCCGAUAAAGGUUAAAAUCUUCUCUACUCUAUCAAAAACUCAAAAAGUUAGCCUACACUUUUAAGGUUCUGUUCAUUUAAAGGCACACUAAAGGUUCUCGUUUAAAAAAAUAAAAUAACAAACAUGUUAUACUUACCUCCACUG